CCAAACGGCCGGAGGACGGGUGUCCCGACCAUGAGGGUCUUCAUCUGCUUCGAGGGCUCCUCUGUGCCUUUUGACGUCUCUGCAGAUCAGACUGUGGGGUCCAUGAAGCAGAUGGUGAAGAAAAACUUUCUGGUGCAACUCUCAGACGACAAACAGCAUCAGUACCUGGAGCUGAGCUACAGCGGAGCAGCACUGCAGGACAGCUGGGCUCUGUGCGACGUGGGCAUCACAAGUGGCAGUGCCAUCCGAUGCCUGAUAAAGAAUGAACAAAGGCCUGUGUUGCGUGUGUUCAAUGCUGUGACAGAAGAGACUUUACCAAUCAUGGGAAGUGAGGCUCUCCUGCAUAUGUCUGUUGCUAGAUUGAAAACUGUGGUGUCCAUGCAAAGUGGGCUCCCUGUCAGCACCUUCAGACUGAGCACACCUGCUGGUGUGCAGCUCUACGACUGCAACCGACUGCAAGACUACACCAUUGAAGGGGGCACUACUCUCCGUUUGGAUACGUGGGAUGGGUGGGUUGAGUUCCUCCAAGGUUGCCUCCUGGGCCGCAGAUUGACAGUUCAGAGUCACCUAUCAGAGAAAAAAACAGUAAUGAGGUUUCAGCUGCAGGUUGCACUCUAUAUCUCUGCCUCUUUAGGCCACCUGGAUCUGGCAGGAUGGCUGCUGGAGAGAGGGACGCACGCUGAGGAACCAGUUGGAGUCCAUCCGCACCGCCAGUGGUGCCACCAAACCGCCCAUGAAGACAGCCGGAAGUCUCCCAUCCACACAGCUGCAGAAAACAGCCAGCUCCUCAUCCUCAAACUCUUCAUCGCCAACAACCUUUUGGCCUUGGCUUGCCGUGACCCUGCAGGUCUGGACCCUUUGAAAAUUGCAUUUCAGCAUGGUCACAAGGAUUGUGUGCGCUACUUAGCCAACAAGCUGUGCUCAGUAGUAUCCCUGUCAAACAUAUCUCUGCCCAUGCGUAUCUACCUCCAGAUAAAACGCUGGGUGGGUUUGGGACAGAAAAGGGCAGCCUCCAAUCGAUGUAAAUUCACAGGUGCUGCCUUCAAAGCCAGGGUGGGGGACACGUUGCUGGUGGAUGGCUUCAACCAGCCAAAUAUGUCUUCCAGAUCCAGGAAAACUGUGACCAAAGCAAACAGAGGACUCAAGACCAAAACUUUGCAGCCAUUACCUCCUAUCAGAAACUUACUUUCAGUACCACAUCUCCACAGCCUGCAGUCUGUGAACCAUGGUGACUUUAAAGAGAAGAAGAAAAAGCAGAAACAAAAUGUAAAAAGAAGAGAGGAUGGCCUGUUGGAUGAAAUCGGCAAAGAUGGAAGCAGCUUAUGCAGAAAGAAGUUUAUACUCCCACCAAUCACCACAGAAAAUAUCUGGCCAACAUCUCCUCAUACUGUGGAGUCCUUCUCUCAACACUGUGGCCAAACACCAAGAGAGAAAGCCAUUUAUUGCUUAACUAUAGCCAGUACCUUCACAGAGAAACCUUGGUUGAAGCAGCUGAGUAUAGCACGGACCCUGAUCCGGAAGCGUGUCCAUACCAUGGCCUGA